GUGGUGGGAGUGGCGGUGCCGACGUGCUGCUACAGCCGCUGAUUGCGCACAAGCGGAUGGGGCUCAAGGCAAGGCGGGCACGCGGGCAUUUGCAGCUCAAGCCGACCACGCUGGCUGGGACCAAGCCGAUGCGGUCCGCGACGUCGCCCGAAGCGACCGUGGCAUCGCUGCUGGAUGCGGUGGCGCGCGGGCGCGGUAAGGAUGGAGAGGCCGGCAAAGGCGGCGGGAAGGUCCAGGUUGUUCUGGCGGAUCUGGUGGACGACGGCGUGCUCGGCGAGGGCGCGCAGGGCUUUGUCACCCGCGUGGUUCACGAGCCGACCGGCGUGGUCAUGGCGGUCAAGCACAUUCGGCUCGAUCCGACGUCAGAGACGGAGCCGGAGACGCGGGCCAAGCGGGCUAAGCUUGUUACCGAGGUCAAAACAUACCUCACCGCCGAGUGCAUCAACAUUGUGUCGUCGUACGGCACGUUUGUGGACGAGGGCAUGAUCAAGAUUGUCCUCGAGUACAUGGACGGCGGCUCGCUGCUGAGCCACCGGGCAGCGGUGGCUGGCGAGACGAACGAGGUGAAGAUGCAGCUGCUAGCAGCCGUCGCCCACCAGAUUGUCAACGGCCUGGACUAUCUCCAUGCCGAGCGGCACCUGGUCCACCGCGACCUCAAGCCCGAGAACAUCCUCCUCUCGUCCGACGGGACGGUCAAGAUCACCGACUUUGGCGUUUCCAAGGAGGUCGAGUCGACGCUCGCCAACUGCAACACAUUUGUCGGCACGCUCACCUACAUGUCGCCGGAGCGCAUCGACACGCUACGCGCCGUUGCCGGCUACAACUACGCCGCUGACAUCUGGUCGCUCGGCAUCAUCCUUGUCGAAUGCGCCAUUGGCAAGUACCCGUACCCGGCCACCAACCCGGAGCAGCUGCUGGACCACAUGAACCUCGUGUGCGAGUCAGACCCGCCGCUUGACUCGUGGCUGCCGCCGUCGUCGACGCCGGGACCCUUUCGCGACUUUGUCGCCCGCUGCCUCGUCCGCGAUCAAACCGCCCGCGCCACCGCCGCCGAGCUCGCUGCCCACCCGUUCCUCACCGGUCGUGACCCCAACUUUGACCUCUCGCAGUGGGUCCGCGACCAGAUUCUUCCCGCGAGCUCGCUGUAAAAGCCAAUCACAGCUA